CAUCAUAUUUAAUGGUCCGAAUAACACUGUGGCCUCUGUUCGCUAGCUUCGUGGUUACGGCACUACUGAUAACUGGCAGCAGAGCAAGUGAGGAUAUCCUGUACAAUGAUCUCUAUAAUCGACAACAAUGUUCUGGAAUGUAUGAUAAAGCUGCAAUUCCAGGAGGGACGGACUCAAAGAUUACUUUGAAAUAUGUCAAGAGUUCCGAAAUAAAUGCUGCUGUGAUUAUAUUUGAAUACUCAGAUUUCGAUAGUAUUGGAUAUCACAGUGGAGAAAAGAAAGAUUUAAUUUGUAAUAAUCACACAAUUAAAGAAAAACAUUGCCUCGAGUCAGAGUUUGGCAACUUUAUUUAUAACAAGAAUGCAUCGAGUAUCGAUACUCAUGUAUUCAACGAUACCAAAAAAGAUCAGAUUUAUACGUACCAAGUUAAUAAAACCGGUUUUUAUUGUGUUGCAGCGCUCUCUUCACCUGAUCUAAAUAAAACUUCAUAUUUUAUGAUAAAAGUUGAUUGGAGAAAUCCGUAUGGUGAAUUGCCCGCUUCGGAUUAUCCUAAGCUGCCGUUUUAUGGACUCUUAUCACUGGUUUAUUUGGUUAUCGGUGUUAUAUGGAUGGCACUUAGUAUAAUACAUUGGAGAGAUAUUCUACCUGUACAGAAUUAUAUUUCAAGUGUAAUUCUAUUUCUCAUGUUGGAAAUGGCUUUCAAUUGGGGAUAUUGGGAGAAUUAUAAUAACUUUGGUGUUUCAUCAACAUUUCUCCUUUGCCUUGUUGUUGUUCUCAACGCCGGAAGAAAUUCUAUUUCAUUCUUUAUGUUAUUGAUUGUUUGUAUGGGAUAUGGUGUAGUCAAACCAACUCUUGGUAAUACGAUGAAUAAAUGUCGUGCACUAGCUGCAGCACAUUUCAUUUUUGGCGUUAUAUAUGCUGCAGGUACAAUGCUUGUCGACCCUGAUACCUCUGGUCCUCUUGUAUUUCUAGUCAUUUUUCCAUUAGCUCUUACAAUGACCGCAUUUUAUAUAUGGACACUUCAAUCAAUUACAAAUACUCUUCAAACUCUUGAAAUUCGUAGACAGAGUGUUAAAUCUUUAAUGUACAAACGACUUUAUAGGCUUUUAGUUUUUUCAGUCAGUGUUCUAGGUAUAUUCUUUUUCAUAAAUACGUUUAAUUAUCUCCACCGAGGAGAUAGUGAUUGGAUACCGAAAUACUGGCAAUGGAAAUGGUUUUUAUUGGACGGAUGGUUGAAUAUUCUAUAUUUGAUUGUAUUCUCCGUAAUACUCAUUAUUUGGAGACCUACCCAUAAUAAUAAGAGAUAUCCUUUUGAUUGGUAA